GAAAUGUUUAGCUUUAACCUCACUUUUGUAUUUGUAUGUCACGAUUGACAGAAUUGUCAACGCCACAUGGAACAUAAAUCAGCUGAUUGGUUUCAUUUGAAGCUGUAUUUAUUCCUGUUUUUAUGAUUACUUUUUUGAUAACGUGAUUAAUUAAUUCAGUUUGUAAACAUACAUGCAAGUGAUAGGUAGUGCAAACGUGUUCUUCGAAGUGAUAAUAUGAAUAUUAAGAGAAUAGUCUAUGAAAAUUGUAACAAAAAUUGUUUUUUGAAUGAUAAGUGCUCCUCACAAUACCCAGUUAUGAUCUAGAUUACUUGAAAAUAGGUAUUUGGGACGCAAUAAGCUAAUGAGCCAGUACUUAAGUUUAAAAUGAUACCUGACGGAAUUUAGGUAUUUAAAGGAUCAAAUUGAUAUUGACUAUUCAUUAUGGAUAACAUGGUGCUUAUUCCCCUUCUUAUUACAUUUUUGCUUCCACUAUUCAUAGUCUUCUUGUUGUAUAUGACAGCAUGUAUAUUGUAUUUGAAGAGGAGGCAUUGGGAGAAAAUAAAGGCAACUUUACAAGUUGGGGAUAAGUGGGAGGGCAGCAAGAAAGUCUGUUGGUGCUAUUUGGGAUACCCACGGUUUUAUAUGGCAUGGUUACGAAAUUGAAGGAAUAGAAAACCUGCCUGCAAAUGGUGCAGCACUGAUCAUAUACCAUGGAGCAAUUCCUAUAGAUCUAUAUUACCUCCUAGCUAAAGUUUUGCUGAUAAAAGACAGAUUGAUACACACAGUUGCUGAUCAUUUUUUAUUUAAAAUACCAGGUGAGUAACCAAUAAAAUAUUGAAAAGACAGCUUGAUAUUUAUUGAAAAAUUACCAAAGUCAGAAA